AUUUACAAAAAUAUGUCUUACUCUUUGCUUAAAAGGAUUAAAUUUAGUAUCAAACAGAUUUAUUUGACCUAGUAGGCCAUUAGCACUGUGAAACAGUCUUGUAGUGGAUCCAUUCAUGCCCUAAUUAGUGUGGUGAAAUGGUAUUACAAAAGUUUUAGACUGUCUGUAUACAAAAACUGACGACAGUAGACUGCCUACAUUCCCAAGUCUGAAACGUCUGAUUUAUUGAGUAAAUAAAAUGUAUAGGUUUUAUCUGCCUUGAAAAGAGGCAACAAUGGCAACCUUGUGGUACCGCUGAUGGCACACAUAUUUCCUCAGAUAAUAAGCCUGCAAGAUUGACCACUAAUUACACAAAAAUCACAUUAGAACACACAUCAUCAAAUUUUAGCAAUAUAACAAUAGAAUGUUAAUUUUAAAAAAUGUUGGAAAAUUAAAAGAGACAAACAUAUAGGCAUUGCUGAGGACUUGACAAAAAAUCGACUGCGGCUAUAUCGUGCAACACAGGAAAAAACUGACAGAAAAUGAAUAUUAUUAGUAUGAAUGUAUUUAUUAAAAUAAGUGAUUAAAUGAAAAAGAUUAAUUUAAGAUAUGUCCAACUUUGUUAAGUUGCAACUCAAGAACAAAAUGCUUUGGAACAACAAAGGGCUCUGGCCCAACUGGGUCAUUUAUAUCUUUCCUGGUAUCUAGAAACCAUGAGUGAAAACAACAAAAAAUUGCUGGACAAUGCAUACGGCUAUUUUGUGAGAAGUAUGAAGAAGUGUGAAAGUCUCACGGAUUCUGUGGAAAAACAGGACAUGUUGGCCAGACUGUUUUCAAAUUUAGGACUGGUAAAGGAAAAUCUUGGAGAUUAUAAAACAUCGUUAAAUUUAUAUGAAAAGAGCAUCAAAAUUUGCAAAAAACAUGAUAUUUAUGAGCAAUUGUACAGAGGUUACUUAUCAAUGGCUUCAUUGUUUGAAAAACAGGAGAUGUACCAAGAAACUGUAAAGAAUUACAAUAUGGCAAUUGAAAUAGCAAAAAAACUUAGUUCCAAAAGAGUGGAACUAAUAUGUGCUGCUCUACUUGCCAAAGCUGAAACAUUAAUUAGAAUAUCAGACUUGCAAGGAGCAAAGCAAAUAUUGAGAAAGGCAUAUAAAUUUAAAACCCCUAACAAAGAAGAAAGAAAAGUGAUUGAAAUGCAUUUAAGAGUUGUUGCAGGUAUGUGUAAAGUGGAAGAUGACAUAAUAACAUGUAAUGACCAAAAGGAGUUAAAGAGACUAUAUGAGAAAAUGGGUGAUGGCGCUUGUGAUUUAAAAAACUAUUCUAAAGCUAUUGAAUAUUACAAGAAAAUGUUAGAAGCUGCUGAAAAAACUGGAGUCAGUGAUAAAGAACUUGGAGAAUGUUACUACAGUCUAGGGGAAACCUACAAAGACCUAGGCAACUUUAAAGAAGCAGAGUUUUAUUUAGAAAAAGAAUAUGAGUUGUGUAAAAACACACUUAAGGAGAGCCUCAAUACUAUUUGCAAGAUAGCCGACCUGAAGGAAAUGGCGAAUGCAGACAUCAAUGAAAUCAAGAAGAUUUACGAAAGAGGAUUGAUGAAUUGCAAGAAAAAAAAUAAUAUUAAGGAAGAGAAGAGAAUUAUUCUUAGGUAUAUAGAUUUCUUAAAAAGAUUCUCCUGCCAUAAAGAUGCAUUUAAACUGGACCAAUAUCUUAACAAGCUAAAUGAAAAAGCACCUGAUAAUGAUGACAGCUCAUCGUCAGAAUGUGAAAGUGAAGAUUCUUCGAAAGUUCAUGUAGGAGAUGAUAUAGUUCUUAGCGAUAUCACUGAUCUUUCUGAAGAAUCUGACAAUGAAGUACCUGAAAUGACUACGGUGCAACCAUCAAAGCGUAGAAAGCCAAACACGGUGAAAUUUAAGAAAAACUUAAACGGGGAAUGGCCUUUACAUAUCGCUUGUAUCAAGGGAAAUGCAAAAAUGGUUCAAUAUUGGUUAGAAGUAGAUCAUCCUGUAAACGUUCGAGAUAAUGCUGGAUGGUUACCACUGCAUGAAGCAGCAGUUCAUGGACAUUUGGAAAUUGUUAGGAUGCUCUUAGAUGCAAAAGCUUCGAUUAAUGAUAGAGGAGGUUCUGAAUGCAAUGGAGUUACACCACUUCACGAUGCAGCAAGUAAUGGCCACUUGGAAGUAAUGGAACUGCUUCUGGACAGAGGAGCUUCAGCGCUGGCUAAAAUGGAUGAUGGUAACACCCCUUUGACUGAACUCAGAAAAUGGUACAGUCGGGUAGAUGAAGACCUACCAGGUGAAAAACGUAGUCUUUAUAAUAAAGUAAUUAAAAGACUUGAAAGUUCUUUGGAAAAAGCGGGUCAAAAAGAGGGUGAGAAAAGCUUCAGGGCCAUUUCCGAGAGUCCCGGCAAAGAAAACAGGCACGGUAACAGCUCGAACGUGGGAAAACUUAGAAGAGAGAUCUAUUUGGAUGAAAGAAUUGAAGAGGAUAUGACUGAAGAAGAAUCCCCCGAAUCCGAGAUCAUUUCUCAAACAAGCAACAUUGCGGCCUCCAAUGAAUACCAAAUGGUAAUGCAAUCGUUUCGUCAUAAAAACUACAGCCAGAAACCACAAAAAAUAGUCCACUCGUCAAAACCGGCAACAUCGAAACGUUCCGCUCUGAUAAACGAGAGCGAUUUUGUCGACGACGAUUGGCUUGAAGACGAUUUGGGGCCCAGUAAGAAUAAAAAGAGAAAAUCCGAGGGCGGAGAUUUUAUUUGGGGAAGAAACCGAUCGUUUGGUGGAGGAAGUACCUCGAGCAGAUCACCGGCGAAAAGUGUCAGGAGUGACAUUACAGAAAAUGAUUUUCCGGAGGACAUUCCAGAUUUACCGGCAAGUUUAUUUAAUGAAGAUUUUAACGACUUCGCUCUCUCCCCACGAAAACGAAACUCUGGAGGAUCAAGCGGUGAAAAUCAGUCAUCAACAUCCUGGAAAAGAACUCAGGUCACUCUACUAGACUCGGGGUUUAGUAGAGAGAGAACAGCCAACAGAUCACCAGUUUUUGGCACUUCUAGACAUAAACCUGCCAGCACAACUCAACCGAAAAUAACAAACUUCGGUAGCCCGAACAACAUCGUGGUGGAAGCUGAUUCGACCACAAUACCGCGCGACAGUUUUAGGCCAGUGGAAGCAACUCAACGAAUCUCAGAUCCGAUGCUUUACGUUGAUGUAGAAAUCGAAGGAAAGUGCUUCAGGGUGCCCAUUUUAAUGUCUCAGCUUCAAGUGAAGACGAUUCGGUGGCUUGCAGAUGAAGCAUCACAAAGAUAUGAAAGUAAGGAGUUUAUGAAACCUGUUUUGGAGCUGGAAACCGUUAGCGGAGUUAUUUUAGGAGAUAAUGACGUUUUAACGUUGCUUUUUCCAAUGGGUGGGAUGCAAGCUGAGAAAGUAGUUGGCAAAGUUAAAGAGUGGAGCCAGGCUUCUGUCUUUGAAAGAUAUAAGGAGACUUGCAACAAUAUGGGAGUUGAAAUCGACACCGAUUUAUGCGACCUAAUCCAAACUCUCUCAAUAACUUUAGACAUCUCAGAUCGGGGUUUCCUCGGACACAUUCUACACCCACUACUCAAAUCCAUCAACAAUCAAAAAGCCAUCACAGAAAUUAAUUUAUCCGGGAACUUUUUGAACUGCCAGUGCAUAAAUUUACUAUGCGCGAGCAUAACCACUUUGCCAAACCUGCAACUUUUAAAUUUGAGCUGCACCAACCUCCGAAAGGAUUAUUUAAGUCAGCUCGCGAGCACGAUACAUAACAAUGCCAACAGUUUGGAAAAAUUAUCCAUAUUGAACUUGAGCGACAAUAUAUUACUUAAAAAUGCCUGUAUGAAAGAUAUAGGGGUUAUAAGCAACGAUUUGAGCUUGAAGGAGUUAAAUCUAAGUAAUAUAGGCCUCACUGAGGGAGCGGCAAAGCAGGAUACCUUAUGUCUCAAAACCGUUGAGCAUUUAGAUGUGAGUUAUAAUGGGUUGACUGAUGGUGAUAUUAGAAGUAUAAUGCUUUGGUUGGAUGGAAAUGUGAUAAAAACUUUAAAUGUGAGCAGAAAUAAAUCGCCGAAAUUGUUAAGGCAGAUAUUGGAAGUUUUCCAGCUGGAGACUCUUGUGGUUUUGGAAAAAAUCAAUUUGGAAGCGUGUAACGUCAAUGAUUCUGACUUAUUUGAUUUUUUAAGACUGGCACCAAACGUCACAUCACUUAAUCUCACCUACAAUCCGGACUUGACUUCAAUAUCUCUAAGAAGACUUCUGGAACAUAAUGGUCUAUCGUAUGUUAAUGUUACUGCCUGUUCAAACAUAUGGACCUAUUUUGAUCCGAUGGAGAAGGGUUGGACGGUGCAAAUGAGCAGAAGGGCGGAAUUUCACAUUUCCGAGGGAAAUGGUGUGUGUUGGGAUUCUUUGUCGGAUCUGUUCAAAGAAAAAUAUGGGGAAAGCUUGGAAAUCGAGAGGAGUAGCAGGUCGUUGCGUUUGAUUGGAAAUAGCUUGGUGAGGUGAUCCUUAUUGUAUUGUAUUGUUAUUAUUAUUAUAGUGUUCACUUUUAAUAUAUAUUUUUGUAUACAAGUGUU